AUGAAGCUCGUUGCGUUUCUUUUGCUUAGCAGCCUCACUGUUGUCUUGGUUGUGGCCUUUCCUGAUAACCACAAUGCAGUUGCUGAUUUGUCAGAUGCUGACCUGCAUGCUGAUGGAAUUUCCGCAACAGGAGAGGGAGGCGCCGCCACGCCAUCAGAGACUAAUCAGCUACGUGGGCCACGUCAUCUUCUGAAGAAGCUGUACUAUCCAGAGCCACAGGUGAUAGUACAACCGAUUCUGGUACAACCGCAGCCCUACUAUAGCAAUCCCUACAUUGGUGCUGGUCGAGGUUAUAAUAUUGGCUAUGGCAGAGGAAAAAGCUAUAAGAAAUGGUAG